AUGGAAACGCCUCCAGGUGAACCCAAUGGCAUCGAGGAACAUCUCGCCGACACUGAUCAUGUCCCUCACGUCAAUGGUCACAUCGAUGUGAACCAAGACGUCGCUUCUGAGAGCCAAUCUACAGAGACGCCUCAGCACCAACCGCCAGACCCAUCAUCACCAGGAACUCUGGAGGAGUUGCAUGCUUUCGACUGGGAAGAUUUUGAGUCUCGAUACCAAGCUGCCCUACUAAAAGCAAGCGAGGAGGAAGCCGAGAUCUUGAAAGAAGCAGAGUCCCUAUCUAAGUACUUUCAAGCCUGGGCAGCCGCGGCAUCUUCCCACGAUGGUGUUCGCGCUGUGAAGCGUUUGCAGACGAGACAGCGCUUUGUCAACCUCUCCGAAGAGAAGCUCUCGCAGAAGCAAAAACAUUAUGUUGAAGUUGUCAGGGCCUUUGAGAUGAGUAGCUUCCAGCAGGACUUUGUCUCGCCGGAUCCUCGCGUUCCUGGUUUCGAUGGCGAGGCUGGAGAGUCCUGGGAAGAAGAGGAUGACUUAGGUUACUAUGAGGAUGGAGUCAAACGGACAUUGACAGACGAACAAAUCGAAAUAUUCCGCCAUUCAGAGCUUCGGGAGCUCGAACGCACCAGGGAAAGAAGCUCGAAGCGGCUUCAGUCGGGAAACUCAUCGGAAGAGCAAGAAAUUGGCAAUGGACAGCCUGCUAUAACGGCCACGGACAAGCCACGAGACGGAAAGAAGGGCAAGAAGAAAUGGAGCAAGCAAGCCAGGCGAGAACCCAAACCUGAUUUGCGAAAACGAACGUGGGACGUUGUGGAGGCUGGGCUGGACUCUCUUGAUUAUGAUUAA